UAAGAAAUUCAGAAGACUGUGAUGCUAGUUUGGAAUUUUUAAUUCUAUGCUCCAUUGCUUUUUAGAAAAAAUAGCAGUUUUGAAAAUGAAAUAUUUCAGUGUUUACUGCUCUCAAAUUGUGGCAUGAAAUUAUCUUCAUGUGCCUUGAUUUUAGUUAUUGGGAAGUGUGGCAGACUUAGUUGCAAAAAUUCCAAAGAAAAUCAGCAGCAUAUGGACAUUUCUGUGGUCUUCGAGUUGGGUUUGAAAAGUGCUUCCAUUCCUGGACGAAUUAAUUUUACCCACUGUCUCCAUGCGGCAGGAUGUCUGCCUGGGUUUCUCGUGUGGUUGCAAUGCGGUUGUGCAUUUGUGCGUGCUGCCGCUGCUGCAUUAGCAUUCAUGUGCGUGUGCGCCAUCCGGCAGGUGCAAAAGUGGGAAAUUGGAAAAGUCGGUGAGGACCUAAGGUCCUGGCCAAAAAAAAAAAAAGAAAAGUGGUGGCUAUGGCCCAAACUGAUGACAACGUCGGGGUUAACUGGCAAUAAUGGCAUGCAGCCAUUCUGUCGUUUCAGCCAUCUCGGAAAGCCGCCGAUAAACCGCUUGGAAAAUUGUUUAAAAGCGAUUGUCUGACUCUGAGACCUUGCGUGUGCAUAUCCCACAUUCAUCUAGCUUUUGCCAUCAUGUUUGCUCAGGUAUUUCGAAAAUAUUUCAAAAGUAUGGCGAGCAAAAAGACGUCAGAUAGAGAAUUGAAUUUCAUACGGCGAUCAGUUGUCGCCGACAUUUGCAUCCAUCAAAUUGAGUUUUUUGUAGAGUCAGUUAGUUACCAAAUUUGAAUUGCUAUCCAUUGAUAGCUAAAAGUUUUCCCAAUGGACGGUUUCGAGUAUGUGGUCAAUCCACCAGUAUGGCCGAAGGUCGGAUUUCUCAGGAAAAUCCGUCGCGACUCGAGCGGAAAUUUCUGUAGGGACAGCUACACCACAAAGGUUCCAUCGGUUGCUCCUAAUUCCUAUGACGUGGCCAAACCCAUGGGAUUUAAGUACCCAUCAAAAGCCGGAUUUUCUGCUUUGGCCAACAAGAUGCCACGACUACCACCCUUUCGAGAACUGGGAUAUCCCCCUAUUGGAUCCUACGCUACCGACUUCCCCGGCACUCAGUACUACUUCACCUUCAACAAGCAGAUUGUGCGGGAACAAAAAUGGGUGACACCCGGGCCGUCCACCUAUACGCACCACCUCAAAUAUCCCGACUGGGAUGUGGAGACUGCUUUCGGAUCCAGACGCAUCAUCUGGCCGUCGGUGGCGAUCUUUUGCAGUCCCACAAAUAUUGUCAAAUGCUCGAGCUGUGGCGAAAAGCCAGUGGGUGACUAUUUCCACAACUUUGGCAAUGAUGCGGACAUGUGCCGACAGUGCAUGCAUGUCGAGGUGGCGGCGAUCAAGAAGUGCAACCUCCAGGUGACGGAGCGGUACAGUCGGCAGCAGAGGAUCAAGCAGUUCGUACCCGCCAGGUACUGCGGAUUCUUUCACAAUCACAACCAAACUACGGCCACAAUUGAACGGGACUCGCGAAAAGUGUUGCGGCAAAAGAUACGCGUGGAAAAUUACCUGUAUCGCCUGAAUGCAAAGAUCGAGUAGAUAUAGAUACCAAUGCUUAUUGUUUUUAAUAAAUAUUCGUAUAUGAAUCGGCAAAAAACAGA